CAUGCUGUGAAGUGCAAGUCAUACCAUCCAUGGAGAGAUAAGUUUGUCUGUCUCAUGUGAGAAAGUGAAAGUAUCUGACGAUCAGCGUGGCAGAGAGGUGAAAUGGCACAGCAAGGAAUUCAGAUGGACCAGGAGAAACUCAGCUGUUCGAUCUGUUUGGAUGUACUGAAGGAUCCGGUGACUAUUCCCUGUGGACACAGCUACUGUAUGAACUGUAUUAAAGACUGCUGGGAUGGAGAGGACCAGAAGGAAACACACAGCUGUCCUCAGUGCAGCCAGACGUUCAGACCGAGGCCUGACCUGAAGAAAAAUACCAUUUUAACAGAUUUAUUGGAAGAGCUGAAGAAAACAGGACUUCAGUCUGCUCCAGCUGAUCUCUGCUAUGCCGGACCUGGAGAUGUGUCGUGUGAUUUCUGCACUGGGAGGAAACUGAAAGCUGUCAAGUCCUGUCUGCAGUGUCUGGUCUCUUACUGUGACCAACACCUCCAGCCUCACUAUCAGUCUCCUGCAUUUGAGAAACACAAGCUGAUCGACCCGUCCAAGAAGAUUCAGGAGAGCAUCUGCUCUCGUCACAAUGAUGUGAUGAGGAUUUUCUGCCGCACCGAUCAGCAGUGUAUCUGUUAUCUGUGCUCCUUGGAUGAACAUAGAGGCCACGACACAGUUUCAGCUGCAGCAGAAAGGAAUGACAAGCAACGAGUUGUUGGGUUGAAUCAAGAGAUGAUCCAGCAGAGAAUCCAGGACGUAGAGAAAGAUAUGAGGAUGCUUCAGCAGGAGGUGGAAGCGAUCAAUCAAUCUGCUGACAAAGCUGUAACCAACAUGGAGGAGAUCUUCAAAGGUCUCAUCCAUCUCAUGGCGAAAAGAGCCACUGAUGUGAAGCAGCAGAUCAGAUCCAAGCAGACAGAUGAGGUGGGAAAAGUCACAGAGCUUCAGGAGACAUUGAAGCAGGUGCUUGUUGAGUUGAGAAGGAGAAGCUCUGAGAUGGAGCAGCUCUCACAAACAGAAGACCACAUCCAGUUUCUACACAAUUAUCCUUUCCUGUCAUAUCUCAUUGAGUCCACAAACCCACCCAACAUCACAAAUGUUCACCGUCUGCAAUACUUUGAUGACGUUACAGUGGCCGUGUCAAAGACCAGAGAUAAACUACAGGAUAUUCUGAAAGGAGACUGGACCAAGACCUCACCAAGACCUGAGAAUGUUUCAGGAUUGAGAACUCGGUCUAAGAAAAGAAAGAAGGCUUCAAGAUUGAGGACUGGGACAAGAAAUGUAACAGAUGUUAAACGACUGGAAGUCCUGUCACCAGCAGAACCAAAGACCAGAGCUGAGUUCCUACAGUAUUCACGUCACCUCACACUGGAUCCAAACACAGCACAUCAACAGUUAAUACUGUCUGACAGGAACAGGAAAGCAACAGUGACGAGACAGAUUCAGUCAUAUGCUGAUCAUCCAGACAGAUUCAUGGAACAGCUGCAGGUCCUGAGCAGAGAGAGUCUGACUGGACGUUGUUACUGGGAGGUUGAACAAAGAGCAGCUACAGUAGCAGUCACAUACAAGGAUAUGAGCAGAACAGGACCAGAAAGUGAAUUUGGGUACAACGACAGAUCUUGGGCUUUAGAGAAUUCAUUCUUCUUUAUUCACAACAGCAACAAAACUCUCAUCUCUGGUCUUCGGUCCUCCAAAAUCGGAGUCUAUCUGGAUCACGGUGCAGGUAUUCUGUCCUUCUACAGAGUCUCUGACACCAUGACCUUGAUCCACAGAGUCCAGACCACAUUCACUCAGCCUCUCUAUGCUGGACUUGGAGUUGAUGGUUUUGAUCGCUUUGUUGAACUGUGUGAGCUCAAGUAGACAGAUGUUAUGAAGGAGCCAAAGAGUUACAAUCUGGUAGUGUCAAUUGAUUUUUGUCUCUGUGCUGUGGUGUGUCUGUUACUGAGUGUUGAAUUUCUGCAGACAUAAAGCCAUUUUAGUCAGAGCAGAUGUUGUCCUCAAAGAGUGCAGCUGCAUUAAGUAGAAUGAAAUUAUGAGGGCGGAGAAUCAAACCUGCUGGCUUAUUUUCAUUUGUAACUGUGAAAAUACUCAGAGUUAGAAGAUAAAAUGUGGUUUAGCUUCAUUAAAUGUGCUGAAGUGAUUGCACAUGACUUGUAGUGAAAUGAGCUUCUAAUACUGUUGUGUUUGAAAAUCCUGACUGCCAAUGGAAAUGUUUGAUCAGUACACCAAAAUGUAGAUUAAUGUAGUUGAUUUUUACUUUGUCUUCUUAAAUAUUCAAGAAUGUAGACCUGUAUUAUUAUUAUGACUCUACCAAUAAUCAAUAAGAACAACGCUGACUGUCUGCUUAUACAAUGGAGACAAACUAUGGAUGAAAUGAAUGAAAAAAAUAUGUCAACAUUUAUUGAUUUCAUUAUUCCUGAAACAUGUAGUCUCAUGAGUUUAUUCUAGAAAAUCACUGUUUAAAAAGUGGUAUUCUCUGUUUGACUUCUGGAUGAUGAUGAUUUAUGUACUGUAAACCAAAAAAUUAAAAACAUUUUCGAAACAAUGUAUUAACAAA